ACUAUGUUAAGCAUUGUGAGUUUUACUUUAUCUACAAGAAAAUUCUGAAGUGAGUGGCAAAGAGCCGUGUUACAAAGAUGGUGUGGCGUGUUAUGUUUCCAUGGAUCAGUGGAGUCACACGUGUCGGUUUCCUGACGCACAGGAACUUGAGAAGCUUUCCACAAAGCAUUUCCUCAGAACCACGUGUCAGAGACUUUCGUGAUACAGUCACAAUCAUGUGUUGGUCUCGUACCUUACGCGUCAUGCCACGCGUUUAGACCGAUAGUUAAAAGCCAGAGGAUUAUUAGACAGUAGUGGCUGGAUUAAAGAAACUUCCUCAUUUGCUCUUUAUUUUAAAGCUCCUGAAAGAUCUCAAAUUCAUCUCCGGAAGAUUCAAGAAACUGAAAGAAAGUAUCUUUAGGAAGAAGAAUGGGUCUUUCUCAUUACCCGACGGCGUCUGAUGGAGUAGUGCCAAUGCUAGUGAUGAACACAGUUGUUUCGGUGUCUAUCUUGAAGAACAUGGUAAGGUCUGUUCUUCAAGUGGUGAGCUCUGAUACCAAUGAGGCAAGGAACAUAGAGGAUGGCGUAGAUCAUGAGGAUUCAGAAAGAAAUAGAAUCUCAAUCACACACUUUGAUACUCUUUGUGUGAAAGGAAGCAUGAAGGAGAGAGAAGCUUUGGAGUGUUGUGUGUGUCUAUGUGGGUUUAAAGAGGAGGAGGAAGUGAGUGAGUUAGUUUCUUGCAAGCAUUACUUUCACACGGCUUGUCUUGAUAAAUGGUUUGGUAAUAACCACACCACAUGUCCUCUCUGUAGAUCCAUCCUUUAGCUAUGGAUCUUACUCUACUUUCCUUUUAUGGCUUUCACCAUUUUUUAAUGUUUUUUUCUAGUUUCUAUUUUGGGAAACUCUGAUUCUGUUGUGUUCCACUCCGUGGAUUUUGGAAGAGUUUUUUAUUUUACUUAAAUAAAAGUGCUUUGAAUAGCUGUGUCUU